UUGGGCGCUGUGGUUGUCGAAGCUACUGCCACCGAACAGUGACUAUAACGCCAUUGAAUCGCUACCAUGUCAGCGCUAUUGAGGUCAUUGGUCAGACAGACUGCUCUGCUGGUCCUCUGGCUCUGUUUGGCGCGUCAGCUGCGGACUGAGGCGCUGGAGUUGCAGCUGCACGAGCAGCAGUUGCAGCAGCAGCUGGAGCAGCAAUACCUGCUGCAGCAACAACAGUUGCAGCAUCAGCAGCAUCAGCAACAGCUGCACAACUACCAGAGGCGCCACACAACCACAACAACCACGCGACGUCCGCUGAGACGGACGGGCGGGCUGGCGGUGCCGAUGCGUGGCAUAUAUCCGCCCAAGUGCUGGCGGGAAGUGCCCGCUGUCUUCUUUCAGUACGACAAGGACGUGAAAAUUGUGGGCAACAGCACCAUUAAUCCCGGCUUUAAUGUGAUCGAGGUGUGCUGCAAGGGCUGGCAGCGCUACGAGUACGACUGGUCCAGAUGUGUUCCGGACUGUGGCGACAAGUGCCACGAGCACGGAUUCUGCCUGCCCGGAGGUCGCUGCCAGUGCUUCGAUGAGUUCGUGCUCAAUCAUCGCAAUGUGUGUGUCCCCACCUGUCCCCUGGGCUGUCCACACGGCCAGUGCUAUCUCAAUGGCACCUGUGUGUGUCAGCGGGGCUACGAGCUGGAUGGCUCGCGAAAAUUCUGCCAGCCGCAAUGCAAUCAGACCUGUGGCCACAACGAAGUGUGCGACGCGCCGGGCAAGUGCGUUUGUGCCGAGGGCUAUGCCCGCGGCCUGCGUGACUCUACGGCCCUGGGCUGCCAGCCCAUUUGCAUCCCGGACUGCGGCUACGGCCACUGCGUGGGACCCAACCAGUGCGAGUGCUUUCCAGGAUACGAGAAGCGCAUCAACGGCACCUCCUGCCAAAGCGCUUGCUACAUGCGCUGCGAGAACGGCUUCUGCGCCAACAGCACCACCUGCGUGUGCCAGAAUGGUUAUCGCUACGACAUGAACACCACAACGUGUCUGCCAGAUUGCGGGGAGGAUUGUGAGAACGGGGUUUGCAUAUCGCCCGGCAUUUGUCGCUGUUUCAAUGGCUAUGUGCGCAAUGGUCCCAAAUGUGAGGCCGUUUGCGAGCGCGGCUGCGGCUUCUAUGGCAAAUGCAUUGCGCCGAAUCUGUGCGGCUGUGCGCUUCUGCCAGGACGAUUCGAUAGCUACCAGCGAUGCGAGCAGGGCUUCUGCAGCGCUAAGGGACGCUGCCGUUGCAUGGAGGGCAAGACGCGUUUCAUUGACAAGUGCUUGUCGCCGGAUACGGUCACCACAUACGCCUCCAUGAAUCCGCCUCGUGCCAAUAGUUCUCUGAUCCACGAGUUCGAUCUGCUGCUCGGCCGAUAUUUCAUUUUAGGCGGCACCCAGCUGCCCAGCUACUACUGGUGGCAGAAUUGCGCGAUUGUUGGGGUUACGAUUGCCCCAUUAGUAGUGCUGUUGCUUUUGCUGCCGUCCGCCAGCCCCAUCCCGCAGUUCUGGAAGCUCAAUGCGCUCAACGAACGAGCGCUCUUCGAGCUGGAGACCCGCAGUUCGAUGAGCUCCGGCAUUUGCUACAAGGAAGUGAUGUAUGUGUGCAAGAUUUUUCCUCAGCCACAUGAACCUUCUUCUAUUUUACUUUCCAGGGGCAACACAAUGGAUCCGGAACUGCGCCUACGCAUCAUUUCCUAUUGUUGCGAGGGCUAUGUGCGUAAUGCAGACGCGAGUUCCAUGAAAUGUGAGCCUACCUGCUCGGAGGAGUGUUCGAAUGGCAUUUGCACGGCGCCCGAUGUCUGCGAGUGCUACCCGGGCACUGAGAGGCGUGGCGGACGCUCUCGUUUCCCGGGGACGGCUUUAUCUGCUGUUUGCCCAUCAAGCAUACGCAGUGGAACGGCAUUACUUGAGUUUAAUAAUAAUAAGAUUUUAAGUGCCCCUGACAUCAUUUGGAGACGCGCUCGCAGCAUGAGGUCAUCAUUCAAACCGAUCUGGCUGCUGCCUCUGGCUCUGGCUCUGAUGGCCCUCUGCGGCAACACGACUGCCCAGUACAAGACGGCGGGCAUCAAGACUCGCCAGCCGCCUUCGGGCAACCUGCAGUUGCAUGCAGCUGGCAACGCCAGCGAGGAAGGCCAACUCUAUCACGGCUAUGCCAGCUAUACACCCGCUGAGACCUAUCAGGGUGGCAAUCACGAUGGUGCCGCCCUCUAUGGCCACUAUGUGCAGCCCUCGCUCCCACGGGGUACACCAGCGCCCCAGGUGUUUGAUCCCACAGCGGAAUUCAUCAACAAGACCAGAGAGGCCAUGGCCAGUGGUGUGUGCUUCAAAGAAGUUCCGACGGCCUCUCUGGUGCACAGCUCAGCCGACAAAUUUGUGGGGAAUGGCACCAGCCCGGACAUGAGUCGCAUUCAGGUGUGCUGCGAGGGCUACGAGCGGAAUCCGCACGUUUAUCGCCGCUGCGAGCCCAUCUGCGCCGACGACUGCCCCAACGGCAUAUGCACGGCGCCCAACACCUGCGUCUGCAUGCCCGGCCAUGUCCGCAACCACGAGGGCAAGUGCAUCUCCACUUGUCCCCUCGGCUGCGGCAAUGGGGUCUGCGACGAUGAGAACGAGUGCCGCUGCCGGGCGGGCUACAAAUUGGACCCAAGCAGCCGCCAGUACUGCCGCCCCGACUGCCAGCCCGGCUGCGCCCACGGCCAGUGUGUGGCGCCCAAUAAGUGUGCCUGUCUGGAGGGCUAUCGGCUGACCGCCAGCGGCACUUGCGAGCCCAAGUGUGACAAUUGCGAGAAUGGAGGGUGCACGGCGCCGGGUCAUUGUAGCUGCAAUACGGGCUACUUGAAGGUGAGCGGCGUUUGCGAACCCAUUUGCACAAAACCCUGCGAAAACGGACGCUGCAUCGCGCCGGACACUUGUGAGUGUACGUCCGGAUUCGAUUAUGACCAGCGAACGGCCAAGUGUACGCCCCACUGUGACCUGCCCUGCCUGAAUGGCGUUUGUGAGGGCCAGAAUAGAUGCGCCUGCAACGCCGGCUAUAUUCAGGACGAACACCAGCGCAACAUUUGCCAGCCCCACUGUCCCCAAGGCUGCCCCAAUGGCUUCUGCUCGGCGCCCAACUUCUGCAUCUGCAAGCCGGGAUUCAUUAAAAGCGGCAUAAAGGGACGCCAGACCUGCCUCCCCGUGUAGUUUGUAGGCUUUCAACUUUAUUUUAUGCUCGACAUUUCAAAUAAACAAGCGACCAAUGAGCAUUCUGAAUUCAUGAAUAAACUGUUGAUUGUAGUUCAA